CCCCGUGCAGUUGCUGGUACAAUGAUGCAAGCAUAGUUUUGACCGACAUUGACUCUGGAGCGUAAUAUCCCCAUGUUCGUGUUUUUAGCGGAAGCGCAGCGACGCCGAGAAACGUGCUUUCUGUUGCCAGCCGCGGCCCCAAGCUAGUCUGUCUUGUGCAUCAAGACAGCAUAGGGAAGAGAUACCAGCAUGGUUGGGACACGAACUCCGCAGAGGACAAUGAGUUAAUUUCGUGUCUGCCUUGAGGUACCGUGUGGCUCCCUGGAAGCCUGACUCCUUUCCAUGUAUUUCUACUGCCUCUUGUGGCUCUGCGUCCGGGUUGCGAUGCUACGUAUCUUUGUUCCCCUGCAGCCCAACAUUCGUUGGCUACACUCGCUAGCUGGACUUUGCCUCUAACGGAGCAUUUUGGCCGGUUCGUACCAACUGACUUUUUAGUCCGCAAGCGUCCAUAUCGAAAGGAAAUACCACCCGCAGGCGUCCCUAUCAGCAGGAGGUCCCAAGGAAAACUCUCCGCAGUUCACGCUUUCAAGCACGCCAAACCUGGCAGAGGUCACUCAAUUCAGGUUAUCGCCGGGAAAUGGCGUGCGGCAUCCCAUGGAAGCUUGCUCGACGGGAUGAACUAAUGGCGACACGACAGGCAGAAAGACCGGGCGAGUACUUUCCUCCGCCCUAUCCGCCGUGUCCGCCUACGGUUGUCACGCCGCUUCGGACAAGUGCAUACGAUUUCCCUGAAGCCACCUUCGUCACGAGGCCAUGCCUUCCCGCCAAGAAGGCGACAGGACACAAAAAUGUUUUUGAACGGCUAACCGACACGGCCUACUACACGGGAUCGCACCGAGAACGGUUUGACGAGUUCGGAAAUGGUAGAGGAAUUGCUGGUAGAGAAUACUUAUAUGCCUACGACGGAUUGACGGAGUCUCCAAGUAGAUGCCACGAAGUCUACUCCUCUGUCAUUAAGCGACCUCGAAAACCCGUUGUCACCCCCGGUACCUUGGGUAUCCAGCGGUUCGGAGUUCAAAUUCCAGCUCCUAGAUUAAUGUGGCUUUACCGCAACGGCGAUAAACACGACGACGGCACUCCUUUCUUCGUCCGCCCCUACAUCAAAUCCAUGGAGUCUCUUUAUCAACAGAUCACUAAGGAAAUAACUCCCAUCGCUGGACCGGUCCGAAGAAUCUUCGACCAGAAUUUCCGUGUCAUCACCGAUCUUGAUGACAUUGUUGAUGGCGCGAAAUACUUGUGUACCUCUGGAGAACCACCUGCAGCUUACGAUCGACUCGAGAAAUUUCUGAGCGAAUGGGUGAUUCAGAAGUCGCAAACAAAGGUUCCGAGCCAGUUCUUCGUUGUGUAACGGUGGCUCAUCAUCGGACGUCGAUGCGACAUUUUUUGGAUCAAGUUAUUUCUCUACCACCUCUUAUAUGGACAAUAUUUCGUCAAGACAAACACGCAUCUGCCAAUCCGCUUACUUUUCAAGAAAACUGGGGAGCGUGUCACUCAUUAGGCAGCUCCUGCUUCGCAAUUCCUCUCUUGUACCGAAGUAGCAUGUCUCUGAUCUGCUUGUUCGUUGCCAUGGAUAGCGGCGUCUUCCUCUCCAUGUCUUCCAUUUCAAUCUCUACAACAAGGCCUUCUGCUUCUUUGCUAAAAAGUAGGGACUUAAUCUGAGGAGCAAGAAAAGUCAGCCUCAGGUGUGUAUGCCUCACGGGUUCUUUAGUAGCUGGUAGGAUGGUGCACUGGGCGCCGAGGGUUUUAUCUUCAACUCACCGCAGCAGUUGCAUUCUCUCGGACUGCUAGAUGAAGCGGCGUCAACCUGCAAGGAAGCCGCAUGCAGUCAAUGCUGUAUCCUCCAAAGUGGUGAUUGGCAAACUGGUCAUGCCCCCCGUUCAGCCUUGCAAGAUGUCAGCGAAUCUGUUUAUCUGUCGAUGCAUUGAUGAGAAUGGCUGUGUCAAGAGUCUGUGCGAAGAGACCGCCUUACCCUGCGCACGUUUGAGCGUUGACCUCUGCGCCGUGCUUCAAAAGGAAGGCUACUGCCGACCUCUGAUUUCCCGCACACGCGAAGUGAAGUGGUGUUCGUCCAAGCUUCGUCGUCUCGUUAACUGAAAGACCUAGGGGCAGUCGUUCAUUCGAA